GGGACUGAGUAGGGGUCUAGGAAUCUGGCCAGGCAGGAUCGAGAGCAUCAGAGACAGGAGGGAAGUUAAAAAUUGGUCUGGUUCCUGGGAAACCAAAGAUGUCCACCUACCUGGCCAUGCUGAUUUUUGCUGUUCUUCUGAGCCAGGAUCUGGUGGAGAAAGAACCAUUUCCUGCAUGAACACAGAAGCAUUAUUCCUGUCCCUUCUUGACACUGGGGUGGGGCACAGCAACCAGGAGAGCUCAGCAGUGGAUGAAUUCAGGCAGAUGGUGGGAAGCAAGGACAUGGCCAAGGAUGUCUCCAUAACCACUGAACCCAAUAAUCCCUUGAUACCCCCACUUGAAGAUGCCAACAGUCUCAUUGCCAAAAAAAAUGCACUAGAAGCAUCAUCCAACCCAAUACAAAAGGAUGCCCCUGUGAAGAAGGCUUCCUCAUCUCCAGUCCUGCUUUCACAAGGAAUUAAUAUGGCACCUGUCUACCAAGGGCAGGAUGAUAGUCAGAUCAAAAUGCCAAAUAUCUCCUCAGAGCAGCAGAAAGAAGAAAACACUUUGCGUCAGCUGGCACAAGGAGAGACUGGCAGUCACCUUAAGUGUCAUGACAAUAUUUUAAAUGUCUUUCCAGAGCUGAAGCACUCAGAUGGAAUCUCCAUACAGGAGGUCCAAGGGGUAGAGAGCAGGUUGUAUCACUGCUCUGAUAAGGCCCCCAUUAUACCUGCUGAUGAUUGCAUACCUUUGGAAUGUGUCCAAGAGGCUAAAAAAAAUAUUUUUGUUCCUGAUGGAGCUACUUCAGAUAUUGCUUCAGAGCAACAGACAUCCAAUGAUGUCUCAAAUCAACCAGACCAAAAGAUACAGGAUGACACUGUAGAUCAUUCUAUCCAAUCUCCUGAUGCAUAUUCAGGUUCAGCAGAGAAACCAGAACUUUCCAGUAGCCCCAAACAAACUCCUGCCUGUGAAGAAAAAAGUGAAGCUCUGGGUUCACCUAAAUCUGUCAACUUGUUGCCUCUGGGGACCAAUUCUCAAAACCAAACUAGGGAGGGAGAGUGUUUUAUCUCCAAUCAUUCCAAUUUUGAUUUGACAGCUGAACUUCAAGGAAUAUUUCAUCCUACCAAUAUUCAUGAACAAAUAAAGCCAAGCUGCCAAGAAAUUACAGAGAUAGGUAAUGAAGUAAGAGUGCCCAGUGGGCAGAAUCAUCAGUUACUUUUAGCCUCAGAAGACAACCAGGGUCAUGUCAAUGGGCAGUUUUUGAGGAAAUCCUUAGAAGAUAAUUCCCAGACAACUGAGGAGCAAGUCACCCAAGAUUCUUCCUGCAGUCCAAAUUCAUCUUCUCUGGCAUCAGCAGACUCUCAGCUGGAUGUUGACUCGUGCUGCCAGCAGAGGGCAUCAGGUACAGGUUGUGACCCUCUUCCUCAGAAACUGCCAGCACAAUCUCCUGUGGCAACCAAUGACUCCUGUGGACCUGCCCACCAGGGCCUGGCUCCUGUAUGUGACAGGCAAGACAGGGAAAGAUUGGCUAUUCAUGAGUCAAGAGGAGCCGGCAACAAUAAUCAGUCCCAGGGCGAGGUUGGAGCAGAGUCUGUGCUGGAAUCUGAGAGGCAAAAAGAAGAGACCAGGGACUCUGAGUCUGGAGAAAAUACCAGCCAGCCAGAGGGAGCAGAGAACCUGGCUGAUCCCAACAAACUGGACAAAGCAUUUCCGGACUCACAAAGCCUACCUAAUACAAUUCAUCCAACUAAUUCCCAAGAGGCAAUGGUUUUAGCCAGUGCUGAAGAUCUGCUAGGUGCCAGGAAUGGAGCAGACUCUCAAGGUUUAGCUAAUGCCGCAUAUCCAGAUAUUGCUACAGAGUAUUCUGGCUCCAAUCCAACACCAAGAGAGCGAUUACGACUUGAUGCUGCAGACUCCACCAAUACCAGAAAUCUGGUGAGCCCAGCAGAUCCAACUCCUGCUGCUGAGGAGCACUCUGUGACUGAAGGAUCAGACUGCCCCACAGACUUGAUGGGAAAUAAUACCCAUCAGCCUGAGAACCCUUCUCACACUACUGAGACCCCAAUUGAGCGAGAGAUCCGUGUACACCUGGAAAGGGAAGAACUUCUACGGAGGGAGAGAGGCCUGGCCAGCUCUCGAGGUACCCAGGAAUAUGUGGAAGUGUGCAUCAAACCUAUCCUGAAUCAAAGCAUGACAUCCUGCAUAAAGCCAAAGGAGAAGGAGCGUCAGUGGGCUGGUGUCCAGAUGCAGCGGGAGAUUCAGCGGGAGUGUCGGCGUGAAGAGGACCUUGUGCAGCUGGGCAAGGUGAGAGGCACUUAUGACCGUGGCACACCCCAAGAACUUCAGGAGAAGAAGAUGAUCUUUGAGCAACAUUCCAGCCCUGAGAUACCAGACUUCAGAAAGAUGGUAUAUAGCAGCAACAACAAUAGCAUUAUGGAAGGUGCAAGGGGACCAUCUUUUGCUGAGGUCAAUCGCAUGCCCAACGUGAUCGUCCUGGAUUCUGGUGUUCCAGUACAACCACAGCAGCACAUGCCAGAAAGAGCCUCCUUGGGUAGCCCCUUCUUCUGCUUGCGUGCCAAAAGCUCUCAGUCUCUGUUGGAGCAGGAGGUUCAGGAGGUCCAGGAACGAGAACGGGAGCUGUGGAGGCAGAGGCACGCCCUGUAUGGCUCAGCAUUGCCUUGCCAGCCAGCAGAAGACUCAGAUCAAGUUGAGGAAGUUCCCUACCCCCCAGAGAGACCUUCCUGCAAGAAGCUGGAUGUCACUUGGCCGCCUCCAAGCACUUCAGAAAACGUCCAGGUGAAUAGCCUCCAUCAGGUGGAGAGAAGCCCUCGACUCCUGCGUCGCCAGAGGAAUGCCUUAAUCCAGCGUUGGGAGUCUGGAGCUAUUGGCAGUGAGGAGAGCCAGGAUUAGGGGCUGCCACAACCUGAAGAGGCAACCGAUUUGACCUCCAUUCAUAAGACACACAGGGGCUUCUCAAAGAGUCCCCUGGCCAAGUAUAAGUGCAUCUCUCUAGAGCCCAUCAUGCACGCUUUCCACUCAGCCUUUUGAUCUGACAGAAAUGUUCCAAAGCCUGUCUGCAUUAUCAGUUUGAUUAUGAGCAGAAAGGAUGUUCAUGGUUGGCUGCCUUCUCCUGAGAUUUAAACUGGAGCAAGAAGGAAAGACUGUGGGUUAGACUGCCAGCUGUCUUAUAUAAGGGCUUAUAUAAGCAGAAAGAUGGGGUAUAAUUUAGUAAUAAAUACAAUUAAGCUCCAAAUCCAAAGCACUGCAGUUCAUAUUAGUUUCAUAUUUAUGUAGGCACACCUGGAUGGACAUUGAUGUCUCCUUUAAAUUGCUUUCCACUCAUAGCUCUUUCCUAAAGUUUAUAGCUUUGAUCCAUAGGGUCCUACCACAUGCAGAUUUUUCUGAUCCAUGGAGGUGGAGGUACGCUCCAAGCAAGGCUGGCUACCAUGAGGAUGUCUCAGUAUACAAGGUUGAGGAGGACCUUUCUCUUUUGGAGGCUGGCAGUUAAAUGGUUGGCUCUCUGGGUUGAUUGUAUCUCUGGAUGCAUAUCCUCAGGGAAGGAAUGUUAUCAGAUCACCAGUGAUUGAUUUUGUCCCCAGGUUUCUCAUAUUCAACAUAUGGCACAUGGAUUAAGCAGUUUAUAUUACUCCAAUUCAUAGGGGAGAAAUCGUAAGAAAAUAUAUCUUUGCAGACCUCCCCUCUGCUACUUGUUUUACAGGAGGUGCUGGAUUCUGUCUAUCUAAACAAAAAGAUUGUUUUGCAUAGGAGUAACCCCAAAUUGCUGGCUUUUAUAAAUGCUGCAAGAAUCUUGGUCUCUAAGAAAUGCACAGAAACAUUUGUUCUGUAGCCCUUUAAAAAGAAGUGUCUGAGUUUUUGUCACUGAGAAAAUAAAGGACAGUCAUUUUCCCCCAGAGCUAAAAGGCAUUUAAGGGAAAGAGUGAACCUGCUUAAUUAACUGUUAUUUAGAAGGAUAAAUCUAUAAUAACAUUUCCUUCUGUAAGUAAAUGGAUUUUAUUGAAUUAACAUGGCAUUUAAUGCACAAUAAAGCUAAUUGGCAGAGGAGUCCUCUGCCUUGACUAUUAUGCCUAGGCUAUGCUUCUGCUUUGUGCCAACAGAGGAACGAUUAUGUCAACAUCUCUAGCUUAGAAAGGCAGAGAAGGAUCCUAUUUUAUCUGGCUGAAGUGAGAGUACUCCACAAAGGCUUGGUUUGCUGAGGUCAUUUUACUGGUCUGACUCAUAAAACCACAUUCUGGGAAGCAACAGGUGGUGUGGUUUAGAAAUAGUAUCUACAAGCUGAUCUCAUAGAAAUUGGGUUUUGGUCACAGGCUCAACACCCAUCAAAUUCUUCCCUUGCCACACCUUUUGCUCAGUUCUGCUGCCCUUCUGGAUGUGAAUAUUAGAGGCAGUGUUUGAUUAAAUAAAAAGUGAAUGACUUCCACCCAAAGCCAUACUUUCAUCCAGUAGAUUUAUUCCUAGCCGUGCCAACUCCAGUGCUGUAAGCGUUUUCUAAGUAUUUACCCUACCAUUCCUUAAAAUCAGUGUGAAACAUUGCCUUUGUUAGCGCCACUUGUGUAACAGUUACUUGGCAUCAGAACAGCUUAGUAGCCACUCCCAAACUCUGAAAAGCACUCCUUUCUAAACUCCUUCCCUUUGAAAACAUUUUUUUUAUUCAGGCUUUUAAAUGAAUGAAAAAUGGUUGUUAAUGACUGUAUGAUCUGUAUGUUUUGUAAACCACUCUUUGAUAGUUGGCAUUCUGUAAAUGUUUCAGUAAAUAAAAGGACAUUCUGCAAUGUA